AUGUCGUCCAGAAUCAAGUUAUCACUCUCCAGAGCCCUUCCCACCCUCGAGGCUGCACGCACAAAGUUCAAAGCUAUCAACGGUGAUAGGCUUGUGAAGGAUGUUUUUCGGCCAUUUUUAUCGACGAGGCUUGUCAACUACAACGGCACCUCUCUUCCUUGGCCUGCUCCCACCCAGGGGGUAGAGGAGCCCUAUAUAUCUGUCUGGUCUAAGGCCGCCGACGGCACAUUCCGGCCUAACGAGUAUCGUUAUUCUCAGGACUAUAAGGAGGCGGCAAUCGACCUAGCAGAACUCGGUUUUAUAAAAGAGUUCGAUAAGCUUGUUCAACGACACGACGCAUCGGACCUCUUCGGCCUUUGCCUCUAUCCAGGAGAUGAUUUCGAAGGUUCCUGUGAGAUUACUGUGGGUAGAGCUAACAUCAAUUUGAAACCGGCAGAUGUAAGGACUCCUUCUUUGAAUGUUACUUUGGAUCCUAACGAAGCUCUGCAGUAUCCUAGCGACCUCUAG